AUGGCUGCUUCAACCAGGGUUUUCUCCAGAAUCGCAGUAUGCAAUUUAAUGGGCAUACGAUCAUCAUCAAAUACAGUUGAUCCACGCAUUUAUGCGGAAACUAGAAAAAAUUUACUACUUACUAAAGAUACUAAAGUAAUUUGUCAAGGAAUGACUGGUAAACAAGGAACAUUCCAUUCUACUCAGGCUAUAGAGUAUGGAACUUCUAUGGUAGGCGGUGUAUCUCCUGGCAAAGGUGGAAAAACUCAUUUAAAUUUACCAAUUUUCAACUCAGUCAAAGAAGCAAGAGAUGAAACUGGAGCGGAUGCUACAGUUAUUUAUGUACCACCACCAGGCGCCGCAAAAGCAAUCAUAGAAGCUAUUGAUGCUGAGGUUCCUUUAAUUGUCUGUAUUACAGAAGGAAUUCCCCAGCAAGACAUGGUGCGAGUGAAACAUAAAUUAAUUAGACAGAACAAAUCUAGAUUGCUUGGGCCUAAUUGUCCUGGAAUCAUUGCUCCAGAACAAUGUAAAAUUGGUAUUAUGCCUGGUCAUAUUCAUUUGAAAGGAUCUGUUGGUGUUGUGUCAAGGUCAGGUACACUUACUUAUGAAGCAGUUCAUCAAACAUCUCAAGUUGGUCUUGGACAAACACUGUGUGUUGGUAUUGGUGGUGAUCCAUUCAAUGGUACCGAUUUUAUAGAUUGCUUGGAAGUAUUUUUACAAGACCCAAAUACACAUGGUAUUAUUCUCAUUGGUGAGAUUGGUGGUCAACAAGAAGAAAUGGCUGCUGAAUAUUUGAUAGAACAUAAUACUGGUCAAAAUGCCAAACCAGUUGUAUCAUUCAUUGCUGGAUUAACAGCACCACCCGGUCGUAGAAUGGGCCAUGCUGGAGCAAUCAUAUCUGGUGGAAAAGGUGGAGCUCAAGAUAAAAUUAAUGCAUUAGAAAAGGCUGGUGUGGUCGUUACUAGGAGCCCAGCUGCAAUGGGCAUUGAAUUAUCUAAAUUAAUGAAGAAAUGA